CCAGCGGGAAGCAAUAGAGUGGGAGUCGCUGGUGGGCUCUAGAGCGGCGCAAGGCCGAUGAUGUCGGAGAAGAAACAGCCCGUCGACUUGGGGCUCUUGGAGGAGGACGACGAGUUCGAGGAGUUCCCAGCCGAAGACUGGGCUGGUUUAGAUGAAGAUGCACAUGUGUGGGAAGACAAUUGGGACGAUGACAAUGUGGAAGAUGAUUUCUCCAAUCAGCUAAGAGCUGAAUUAGAAAAACACGGCUACAAGAUGGAAACCUCAUAGCUUUCAGGGAUGCUGUGGUCUGGGAUGGGACUGCUAUAUAUUGGACAGAGAAAUGUUACAGAAUGCUAGCUGGAAGCAGAAAUACUAGAAUGCCCUUUAUUACA